CAGUGACGAUAAUUGAGGGUGGAGUCUGGCAUCGUCGCCGACAUCGAGGUGGACACCCUGCUGCCGUCAGAUUGCGACACCUUCUACGAGAUCAAGAGUCAGCCCAUCCGCAGCAGGUGACGCCGUAGCCGACGUGGUGUCCUACUCAUGGCCCUGGGGCCAGAUCCGGCCCGCCGCAUCAUUUCAUGUGGCCCGCGAAAGCAAACCAUAUGCUAAAAUACCAGAACUGCAGAUUGAGAUAUUGCAAGCAUUGUUUGUCUUUUUUACCAAUCCCCCUUUAAAAUACAUUGAAAAAAGUAUGACUGAAUCAGUGGAUCAAAUAUUUUUUACUGACUUCUAAUUUCAAAACUAGCUGUAUGUUCAUUUGUUGUAACUACGCAAUAAUAUUUGGGGAUCAUACAUUUCUAUGGGUUCAUAGUAAGGAUGUUCAAUACCACUUGCUUUGGGAAUGAAGUAUUCACUCCUAAGCUCCUAUCGGUACCGAUACGACGAGUACUUUUGAUAUAUCAAAUUUCAGUUCACACAAUGACAGAUCAUUGUGAAAACAGAUCUUUCUUUCUGACCCACGUCGUGAUUCACCGAUGUGUCAAAGGUCACAGUGUCGUGCCAACUACUGCCGAGUAGGACUUUAUGUCAGAUUAUUAUUGUUGUGCUCCAAGUAUCUGGGGCUGGUAUCGGCAGCCUUCGCAACUACCCUCUACCCCCGAUGCCGACACGCUGUGUCGGUGCUCGCCCGUCCGUCCCUCGUUCAGUCAUCACGCCCCUCAAAGGUAAACCAUACCUACGAUGUGGCCCUUUUCAUCUUUAAAUGGCAUGCUUAUUCAGUAUAUUUAUCUGUCCAUCCGUUCUGUCCUAUAGCGCAUGAGCUGGAGUGAGCCUAUUUAUUCCUUCCAAAAAAUCUGUAAAUUGAUAUAUGAUUUUAAACCGUAGCAUUAUGCAGAGUUUGAACAGUAACCAUGCACUUGAAUAUAGAAAAAAUACAAAUGACUUCAAUAACGAGUCAAUGUAAUGUAUUGCACCUAAGUUAAAUAAAAAAGGUUACCUCAUAAAAAAGAUUUCUUAAAGAUGGCACGUAAAUGUCUUCAAGCUUAAAAGUGAAAUACAACCGAACGGUACUUUGGCUGUAACCCUGCCGUUUGACAUCUGCCGGGGGCGCCUCCGUCACGGCCGAGGACGAGAUCAUCAUCGGAGGGCGAGUUCGCCAACGACAUCGUUGACGUCGUUCACGUCGCGUAUGGUCGUCGCAAAGAUGAAGCCGUGCAAAUCUACGUAGACGCGUGAAACUGCGGAUGGCUCAUGAAGUCAGUUAGGGUUCCUUUGUUGAUUUGAACAACUGCAAUGAAUGAACCUUUAUGCAAUAUUCUAAUCUGUUGAGAUGAACCUUUAAGGGCAACUGCAUGCAAGAGAAGUGCUAGGGUCCCCCAUUGGUUGCUGUCGCACUAAGCGGAAUGUUGCAAAAAGAAGACAUUGGAGUACGGUGAUGUCUCUCUCCUCAGUGCUUCUGCGUGCGACUCCUCUUCCUCCUCCUUGUCGUCGUCUUCCUCCGUGCCGGUGACCAUGUCCUCCAGGGUCCUGAUGCGUCAGGAUCUGAUGCGUCAGCAGGCUCUGGAGGAGGAGCAGAAGGAGGCGCAGCAACAGCUCCUGCGUCCGCCCGCCGCCUCGUCGUCCUCCCCCGUCUGCGUCAGCGCGUCCCCCUGCGGACCUCCCGCUCAGGUCCCUGUAGAGGUGUUGAAGGUGCAAACCCACCUGGAAAACCCAACCAGGUACCACAUCCAGCAGGCUCAGAAGCAGCAGGUCCGACAGUACCUCUCCUCCGCCGUGAGACCCGCCGGUCGUGACGCUUCCGGGCCGUCAUCGGGUUCCUCCCCCGGCAGGCAGCAUGCGCUCAGUAGCCCCAAAGCGGAGAUGGAGGAGACGGUCAUUGACGACAUCAUCAGCCUGGAGUCCAGCCUAAAUGACGACUUCCUGACGCUGCUCGACUCGCGGAAUCAGCUCGCCGCCACGCUGCCGGCGGCAGCGGGAAACAUGCUGGAUCUCUACGGGGAGAGCGGGGACAAGGCCACGCCCGCCAUUGCCGUUAGCAACAGCUGUCCGGCCGACCUGCUCGCCGUCAAACGAGGGCUGAAUAAUGUGGAGACGAAGACGCUGAUGAAGGAGCGACAGAAGAAGGACAAUCACAACUUGAUCGAGAGGCGGCGACGCUUCAACAUCAACGACCGCAUCAAAGAACUCGGCGCGCUCGUCCCCAAGACGCCCGACCCGGACGCCAGGUGGAACAAAGGAAGCAUCCUGAAGGCGUCGGUGGAUUACAUCCGAAGACUUCAGAAGGAACAACAACGAGCUCGUGACAUGGAAGAAAGACACAAAAGACUGGAACACACCAACAGAACCCUGAUGCUGCGCAUACAGGAGUUGGAGCUUCAGGCAAGCCUCCACGGCGUUCCUUAUUCUUGUGUUGACGGCGCCCCGACCGACCCGCGGGUCUUCCUCUCCCCGCCGACGACGGCGUCGGACUCGCUCGGCUUGGCGGAGCUGAACGAGCUUCGCUGCGGGGCCGACGACGACUUCUCUUCGGAACUGAUGAACGAAGCGGGGCUGGCGGCGCUGGACCACUUCGGAGACAUCCUGAUGGACGAUGAUGGCGGCCUGAUGUCGCCCGCGGGCGGCGCCGACCCCCUGUUGUCAUGUGGGGCGUCACGUUGCAGCAGCAGAGGGAGUAGCAUGGAUGACGACCUCUGAUCAACCAAUCAACAAUAAACCACUGCCAUCCCCUCUGUCACUAUGGUAACCAGGCCACAGCACCCCUGUCACCAUGGUAACCUCCCUAUUCCCAUGACAUUGUAACCAUGCCAUUGUCUGUCGCCAAGGUGACCACAUAGUCACCUCUCUCUUUCUCCAUGGUAACCAAGCCAACACACACACACACACACACUUCUCUGUCACCAUGGUAACAGUGCCCCUCUGUCACCAUGGUAUUCACGACAUUCCCUCUGUGGCCAUGGUAACCACACCCUUCCCCUUUGUCACUAUAGUGGCUAUGCCAUUCCUCGCUGUCACCAUGGUAACCUUUUGAUUAGGGUUGGGCAUCGAGAAUCAAGAACCGAUUGGAACCGUGACUAAAGUUCCGGAUCUCCCGGAAUCGUUCAAAUUAAAAAAUUUGGAUUGCCGGUUUCGAUGCCUAGUCCGCCAACCGCGAAGAAGAUUGUGGCGAAACCAAUGAAGAAGAAGGCGUCCAAAGAGGUGCUCGUGCUCAACUGCGGCGAACAAAAGUGUGUCUUAUGUUUGUUACAAUUAAUGGCCAGUCGCCUCAGUGCAACACUUGGAAUAAGAUUAUAUUGUGCAAAGGAGGCUUUCACGGCGUGUCACGUCUGACGCGCUCCGAGCCUCAGCCCGCACUGCGUGGCGCUUCAGUGAAAUCAAGUCUUCGGCAGUUGGGUGAGUGAAACAAUAAAAUACGUCUAUGCCAACAUUGAGACAGCUAACAAGAUAAACGGCUACUUGCACUUUUGCACUGAUGGUUUUUUUAGCGUUUAUUUUAGUCUUCAAACCAACGUAAGACCCGAUGACAAAAAAAAAACUUCAAUUGGGCUAAAACUUCACCGGAGCAACUUUACAUCACAAUGAAUUGGGAGAAAAUUCCCAUAAACGUUGUCUCACAGUAUCACAAACACCAACCGGUGGGUAUGGAAAGGAAUCAACGUUUUAUAGCAUUUGGUUCCAUCCAUUAAAAAAAUGCUGAGUUCCAGUGCGUACCUUUCAAAAUAAAAGGCUACAAGCUUAAAACAGGAAGUCGAGUUGAAAAAAAAGAAGCAGCAGCAGAAUCACCUUUACUGUCAAGUGCAUGCACAUAAAAAAUGUUCUCUGCAUUUUACCCAUCACAGUGAACACAAACACUUGUUAGCGGAACACACUGAAGCGCCCGGGGAGCAGUUCAGAGUAUCAGUGUCUUGCUCAAGGACACCACAGCCGUGAGUCCGGGGGAUGUUGGCGGAUGGUCCGGUCGGGGUCUUGAACCUAGCUCCCCCACGGUGGCAGGCGAUGAUCUUAACCAUUGGUCCGCGGCUGCCAAAACGUGCACUUAUAAACCAUUUGAUGUGAUAAAACAGUCCCAAAUAACUAUGAAGUCAAUUGCGUUAGUUCCACACACAUUUGCCUUUUAGUCCAUAGGUUUGAUAUUGAUACUGGUUAUAAAGAACCCUGAGUCAAACGUUCCUUUUAUUUUAUGCUGCAAGCUGCUAAGAAAAUGGAUGUUCAUAAUUUGGACACCCUUGAAACCAUGCAAACUUUUCUGACCCAACCCCCUAAAAGAAUUGUAAUCGAGAAUCGUUCUGAGUUGAAAUAAGGAACCGGAAUCACUCCAAUUCAAAUGAUCCCCAACCCUUUAUGUAAUCACCCCUCUAUACAUUUCAAACGAUGAAUAUCAUCCUUCAUAGCUACAGCUUCUGUAGCUACAUUAGCAACAAAAUACUAUGCUAUGCAGCUACGCUACCAUUGUUGUUUUUGUUAGCUUGGGUUUUAGCUGAACUUGGGCGUCAGUGUGAAAAUUGAAAAAAUGUUUUUAUAAUAUAUAUAUAAUUGGAUGUAUAAUUUUUUUGGAACAAUAAUUUUCUAAUUGGUGGACUUCCACGGCCAGCGCAUGAGUGUGAAUGUUGUACGUGUGUCAGUUGUCUGAUUGACAGGCACUCAGUCCCAGACGAAGGUGGCCAAUCGGAGCCAUCCGUCACUUGCAAGCUGUGUCCUGACUGGUUGUGAGAAUGGAACUCCAAAUAGUACUUGUCAUUUCAGUUGAUUUUUUUUUUUUUUUUCUUUGACAUUCUGUUGCUGGUACAAACGUUUUGGGGACCAAACGCCCGUGUCUGUUGUCCCAUUUGUGGUUACACUGCUCGUUAUGAGUUAGCUGCCUGACGGAAACGCGUGUUAGCUUGUGCUAAUGCUAUCUAGCUAGUUGCUAACAAACAUGUCCGUUAGCGCUGUCCUGUUGAGCGGUCAGAGCCUUUCACAAAUAUUGUUUGUUUUAUUUUUUUUAUAAUGAAAAUAACGGUUACUUUUGCAACAGACGCUUUGCUGUCAGAAUCAUAAAGGGAGUCGUGUUUAUUGUUGUUUACAACCAUGUAACAUUGUAUCAUAUCUAUAUAUUGAAACUUUAUAUGGAAAUAAAGUGAGAAAACACAAAA